AUGGCGACGCCGACAGGAUCUGGCUCGCGCUGGCUUUCGUUGGACGAAUUCAAUGACCUGGUCUCGGCAUCAUUGGCGCCGACAAAUGCGGAUAUCAUAAACCCUGAGAGCGCCGAAAUCCCAAAAGGGGGCCAAAUGAUUUCCCCUGAAAACACGAGAAUUGAAGUUCCAGAUGUCCGGAAGACAAAUUGGAAUGCUGUAUCAAUUCCAGGAACAUCCACUUCUUGUCUUUCACCUUCAUCACCCUUUGUCCCCUUCAACAAUCCUUCUUUAAAACCCACCGUCGCUGGCGGCCUUUCGCCCAACUCGAGGCUUUCUUCCCUGCCCUUACGACGCAAAUUCUCCCCGAGAGCGGGCUGGAAAAGCAGGGGUCCACCCGUCGUCGACGACAGCACCAUUAACUGGCAACUAGAGCCUUUCCUUGGAUCAUCCGAAAUCAUGGCAAACCCUUCAGUGUCCACUUCGACCCUCUCGACAGUCGACACGCGCCAAUGUCCCGGUCUUCCUGGCAGUUCCACCAACGGACGCAAGCCAAUAGCGUUGCUACAGAAACUAAAGCGACAAGCCUCAGCCCUAGUCAAGCCCUCAAGCUCGACUCCCAAAGCCAACACGUCUUCGUCAACGUCCCGCGGUAACCAUCCCUACCUGACGGAUUCAAUGGGCGGCAUGUCACGGCCGCCGUUCGACAGAAUGGUCUCGUUCGCCCCGACGCCAGCUCAUUCGGUUUCCACCUAUUCGACUUCGAUUCAUUCACGGAGUAGCAUCGAUGACGAUUCUUCAUUCCUCGACUACGGUGAUGAACACUCGUUUUCAAUGCGAAGACUGCGGCACGGCAAGUCAAUGCCCACCCUCACCCUGUUCCGGAACCGUAACGCCAACUUCGUCCACAAUGGCAUUGCGGAUGCAAGUCAGGACGACUUGCGAUCCGUCAUGACUAGCGACACAGCCGAGACGACAACCGAGGAAGCAACAUCAACAGAGUCAGGCGACUUCAUCCCAUACAUUCCCCUGGUAUUGCAACACGAGCGCGGAAUGAAGCCUCUUCAACUGAACGCCGCCGGCGAAAGUCGAAACACGUCCCGACGAAACAAUAGGCGUAAUGAAGACACACCUUCGCCCACGCAAUCGAAUUCAGAUGGCUCCGAGUCAACGCAUUCGCCCAUUACACCGAAAACGCCUUUCUUUGCGCAGAACGGAUCGAUAUCUGUCAGUUCAGACGAUGAUGAAACAGAAAGUAUAUCAUCUUCGUUUGUUGCAUCUGAUCAUGACGUCGCUCUGGGGAAUUCCAAAAAGUCGGAGCUUUUAAGGCAGAGGUCAUUCAAGAGCAACUCUCACCUCUAUUCAUCGCCUUUCGCCUCCUCUCGACGAUCCUCGAGUCCUUCGCCGCUCUCCAGAUAUCAGUCAUCACCACAUCCGUUCGCUCGAGUUCCAGGCCAAAGCUCAGAGGAUGAUAACUUGUCACAACGGGAGCGCAAAAAGCCCAGCAAACACCUCCCCGUCGAAGAUGAUCGGGUCACGAUAGCCACGACCUCAGAAUCCUGCUACUCCAUGGAUUCUUACGGCUACUCGCGCCCUGACCCACUGUCGUCUUUCAAACCCCACUCGCCCACACCCACUGCUACCACUUUCAUCACUGCUCUCGAAGACCCUGGAUUCCCAUCUUCUUUGGAGGUCGAAACAGAUGACGAAUUCAUGCUCCCGUCGCAGUCUCGUCGCAGCAUCGUUCCGCCUUCCAUCCGAAUUGAAGACGCAUCCGGUUCUUCUGAUCUCUCCGAGCCCACCCCGACUGCUGCCAAUAUGCCCAAGCCAUCUGAACCUGUUUGGCAAAACCACUCCACUCCUGAAAUCCCAAAAAUCGGAGUUGGGCGCCAGACGGUGGAUCCCAAAGUCAUCCAAUCACCAGUCAAAGAGAGUCAACCGAAGGAGUGGACUUUGUUGCUGGGCGCGAAGAAUGACGACCUGUCCAAGCCUGAACCUAGACCACGGACACGCAGCGCGGUUAGCAGAGACAUCAAGAGCCGGAUUACUGCGCUGCAGGAGAGUGGCAGGGCUAGAACACAGAGCGCGGCGACCCCGAGGCGCGCUCAGGAAGCCCGAGACGUAAUUGGGGCAAUCACUUCGUCUCCUGCCCGUUUCUCACCGGAUAAACCCUCUCCAAAGCCACUUCUCCGCGUCCAACCCAUUAUCGACACAGAUGCCAGUGACUCGGAAGCAGACCCCUUCCAUAAUGACUUUACCAGCGGGGAAGUGCUAGACAAAGCAAAGGAGCAAGACCGCUUACUGCGACGCAGCGGGAGCGCCCAGCCAUUCGUAGGGGCCCGGAAGGACUCCGAGCUGACUGACCCAAUUGAUUGGACACUUAUGCUCCCCCUCCCUAUGCCGCAGUCGAAGUAUUCUGUUGCCCGCCUUCCUGACCCUCCAACCGAGAUUUCAGCUUCCAGGGCCGGCUCAAGGAGGAGGUCUAGCGGAGCGAUCACCAAAGCCCGGUCCAGCGUCGACCUGACGGCUGGCAUGAACAAGGACCCGUGGGGUACCAAGUCCAAUGCCAAGACCGAGUACUCGUCUCUCAAGUCGAUCAAAAAGGAGCUCGAGAAGCUUGAAGAGACGAAUGCGAAGCUGGAGAGUCGCAGGAAAGCGAGGGAGGACACCAGGUUGCGCGAGGAAGAGUAUCUAGCUGCCAUCCUUGGCGACAGCGAAGACAACGUCUCCGACAACGACAACAGGCAGAGUGGUGACUCCAGUGAGAUGGGUGGAGAAAGUAGUAGUGGGGAGUCGUAUGGAAACGUUAUCGCCGUUACGGAGAAGGAGCGGGACGACCAUAGGCAGAGGGCCCUGGACACUUUAUCUGGCAGGUCUACGCCUUGUUUGGGCAAGGCCAUGGCGGCGGCGGAGGGUGAGGUCCCGGAAGUACCAUCCCUCCCGAAGAAUCUUGAUAUUCCUUCCAGUGGCGAAGGCUCAAGGAGCUCAGGCUCAUCUGACGGUCAAUUCGAAGAGAGACUGGUGUCCUUGCUUCAGGACAAAGAGCAGGUGGAGCAGAGUGAGUCCCCCAAGAAUACCGAAACCUCGGAAUCUCGCCCCAUGGCUGUCGAAAAUCACCAGCCUCCUUCCAAACUCAAGGACAAUGUUCCGAAGGCCACCCGACCAUCCCUCAAAGCCAACACCAGCAUCUAUGCCUUCCCCUCCACUUCUUCGCCCCUCUCUUCCCCGACCCGCCUCGCUAUUGGAGCUUCAAAGCCGAUUUACGUCCCUCCAGCAGGCUACCUGCCGUAUUCCCGGCCCAACUCUUUGACGACCAGGGCCCCUAUUGGUCCGUCUAGGGACUCGCAGGGGCUGUCCUUCUCUCAAUAUGGCCCUCAUGCUUCCGCGCAAAGGCACCAGCCCAAGGGAAAGACUCUUGUGAUGCCUUCAACGAUCGCUAGCGUUGUCACCCCGGGAAGCAAGGUGUCGAAGGCAGCACGGCCUGGCACUGCACAGACCAUCAAGGGAAAUGCCACUCCUCACACGACGGAUGACGGUGACCGUGUAUCUAUUUGCUCGGUGAAGUCGACUGCUUCAUCUUCCAGUACGGACACCGUCGUGCCUUCCACGAGCAGUAGGCGAGGGAGUGCGCAGACAGGUCCUUCCGGCGCUGAUGCCGCCCCUGAUGUUUCAACUGCUCCAUCCAAGGAGGAAGGGCACGACGGAUCUCACCUUGACAUUCCUGCUCGGGAGAGAACGAUCAGCACUUGCAGCAGCUUGUACGACCAGCCCCUCGAGCUUGACUUCCCCAUGCCUCCUACAUUCAACCCGGCUGUAACCAACAGGACGUCUCCCGACCUGACCAUACCACAGGGUAGCCUUCGACUGACUAUGACGCCUCCCAUGCUCCGACGCCAGCCCUCUUGCGGUGAGACCUUGGGGCUGGAUGAAGAUAUUGAACUGCCGCCUCCGACACCAUUGCAGAGAUCUUCACCCCACAAGAACAACUCGCCGCGCAAAGCGUCGCCUCGCACAUCUCCCAUUCCGCAUGGACAUCCUCACCCAGCGCCUACCCUUUCUGCCAGUGAUCCUUCGAUGUCAGGAUGGGAAGAUGAUGGCGAUGACGAUGAGCAGGACGAUGAGAAUAGCGAGAGCGAGGAUGGCGAUACUGUCUACCUCUCAAUGUCGGAAGACGAUUAUGAAGACGCUGUGUCGAUGUUGUCAGGCAUGUUCUAUAGCGCCAGGUCAAGCAUGGACUCUCGCCCAUGA